AUGAGUUGGAACCCUAAUUUAAUCUUCUACGCUUGCAUCGCAAAAGACACUACAAUCCUAGCUGAAUUAAAUUCAAAAGAUGCAGAUCUUGGCGAUUUAGCUAAAAAGUGCCUAGAGAAGACGCCACGCUUCCAUUCCAUCUUCUCCCAUACAGUUCAUGGUGAAACAUACAUGUUUUUCAUCCUUGAUCCUUUCGUAUAUUUUGGAAUAUUUGAUGAAUCGCUCGAGAAACCUGAGUGCUUGUUGUUUCUCAAGAGCGUAAAAAACGCGUUUACCAGUAUGAUAGAUAAUCGCAAUUCUGGCACGAUGAAGCAGCGGUUGUAUUCCCCAAAUUGGCAUUGUUUCCAAGGAGAAUUUAGUCCGGUGUUUCAGCAGCUUCUGGCUUCAAAUUCGGAAUUCGAUGCGACGUCAACGGCGGCGGAUUUGAAAGACGAUCACAGAGAGAGUUUAAAUUCCGUGAGAAGGAAGAACAAAGGAUCUACGGAUUCUUCCUCGGAGGGGAUGAAGAAAAGGUUUUUUGGAGAUGCUGACAAAUCCGGAGCAGAAGAAGGAAAACUGGAUUCGGAUAAUGACGAUGGGUCUGUUUCAAGUGGGAGUAGGGUGCAAAGGGGGAGGUACAUUGGGAAGAAACAAGAAUCGAUGGUGUUGAAGAAUCAAUCAACAGACAACAGUAGGACUUGGAAGAUGGGGUUUGAAGAGGAACCAAAACUAUUAUUACUGUUUUCACAGCGUUUCAGUAGACUGGAGCUGGAGGGUGGCUUUACUCCGCCACCAGACACCUACACCGGAGCUGGAGCCACCAUCCCGUUUCAAUGGGAGGAGGCACCCGGAAAACCAAGAUGCACCGCUACCAGUGAUCCGGCACCACAAGGUGUGAGGUGUUUGAAUCUCCCUCCGAGACUGUUGAUGAAUACCAAAGAAGAGAGUUUCCAGACACAGUCACCAUCAAGUGUGCUGGAUGAACCUUAUUCCGGCAUGUCUUCACCUGGUAGAAGUAAGUGGAAGAUGAUGAUGGGAUUGAGGAAGAUGAUGAUGUGUAAGGGGACAUCAUCGCAUCAGCUCCGUUCAUGGAGUUUAGACAGUUUCACGGAUAUCAGCAGCAGAGAUGGUGAUUCCUCUUCAUCAUUAAAUGACGUCUUUUCAGAUUCUCUUGAUUCCAACGUUAAAAACAACAAAGUUUCAAUGACACGUGGCCUCAUCUUCUUCAACAAAACCACUUUUAGCAUCUUGGAAAACAUGAAUCAAAGCAUUAAUCAAGUCGUCCCAUGGAGACGAUAG